UAAAUUCCCAGCAAAUGUCAUUUUAUUCGCCAUCAUCAUCAUUCUCACUUUUAUUUUGGUAAAAAAAUCUAAAAAGUAAUAAAGUGUUAUAAGUUAUAAACAAUGAUGAUGAUAACUGAAGACGUUGUUUCAUUUCAAAAAGGUUUGAUGGAUUGGUUAACUGAAGAAAGUGAAUAUGUAUUACAACGUUUAGAUCGUUGGACAUCAAUAGCACGUGGUUACAAUCGUUUAUAUCCUCAAAGAUUGUCUCGCGGCUGCAUGACAAUGCAAAAAGAACCAGAUGAUGAAUCAUGGCGUCAUUCGCCAAGUUUUCAUACUCUAACUGGAUCAUCAUCGAGACGAGUAACACGAAUUCCUGAUGAAGUGAGAAAAAUAAAUUGCUGUGGUACAUUCAAUUAUCAAUCUAAUAGCCGUGUUGAUAAUUCGUGCUUAGAAGCUUAUCGGUAUGACCACAGCAUAUACUUCAAGACUAUCGGUGAUAUAAAGAGUAGCAAAAAUAUUAAAGAGACUGAAAAUCAUGAAUGUAAAGAAGAAACUUUAGAUUGUAGUGAUGAUCAAGAUCUAAAUGAUGUUUCUGGUGACGAAACAUUGAAUGAUGAAAUAAUGAAUGAUCUCAAUGAUGUUGAGAGUCCAAUGGACGAAGAUUCUAUUUCAAACAAUGAAAUAACUUGGUUUGAUAAAAAUUAUUGUGAAGUUUUAAAUCAAGAGUUCAGUAGAAAUUGUUGUAUUGAUCAAACAACUGAUACAUUUAUUGAUCAUAAAUAUGAUUGCCUUAAUAAUAACAAUAACAAUAAUAAUGAUAAUAAUAACAAUAAUAAUGAAGUUCAGUGUCAGAAUUUAAAUAAUAAUUCAAGUUCAAGUACAAAUUUAUCAACUGAAAUUAUGAAUACGAAUCAAAUGACUUCAGUGGAAGAAAAAAAUCAAGAUAAUGGAGUCACAAGAAUUUUGAGCUUUGGAAAGUCAAAUAGACGAACAAAAAAUAUUAAACAGUCUAAAGUACUUGGAGAUAACAAUAUUUCAUGGCCUGGUGUAUUAUUCAGUUAUAACGUUGAUUCGUCUUUAGCUUCUUCUCAUCACAGAGUUCUUAAUGUUAAAUAAUUUACUUACAAAGAGGAGAAUAACGUAGACAGAACUUUCAUUUACUGUGCAAGAGCAACAAGGAUUUUAUUCGCCCACGUAGGAGUAAUAGAGAAAAUCGACCUGACCCCUCUUAAUUAAUUAAUUAAUUAAAUUAUGAUAUAAAUAACUCUGAGACAAUAUGAUGAUUUUGUAUUUUGUUACUCAGAUGUUAAAUUAAUAUAAAUUUAUUAAUUGUUUGAUAUAUAAUAUAAUUUUAAUUGUUUUUUAAUUUAUGUAAUAAUUAAUGUAUUAUUAUAAUAAUUUUAUAAAUAUGUAACAAAUAUAUUAGGCAUUGAUGUAUUAU